CUAAGCUUCAAGAUGAAGAAAGAUGAUACAGAUCAUAGAAACAACAAAUGGGGCACAAGCAAAGCGUUGACUCAAGAGACAAAGGCGAGAAAGUUUUUGGUUCUUCCUCGAGUGGAAAAGAACAUGGCCUUGUUAAAUCUAGCGGCCAAGGGGGAGGAGCACUUGUCUUCGGGCCUUCGCCGUUCGAUGACUUGCCAGUGGAUUGCAUCUCCAACAUAAUCUCUUUUACUAGUCCACGGGACGCUUGCGUGGCCGCUUCGGUUUCUAAGACCUUUGAAUCGGCUGUCCAAUCCGAUACCGUAUGGGACAAGUUUCUUCCAUCGGAUUAUUCAUCUUUGAUUCCUCCAUCGCGAGUUUUUGCAUCCAAGAAGGAGCUCUACUUCGCUUUAUGCGAAAAUCAUGUUCUUAUAGACGAUGGCAAAAAGAGUUUCUGGUUAGAGAAAGGAAAUGGAAAAAAGUGUAUCAUGCUAUCUCCUAAGAAAGAUAUGUGGAUCACUUGGGUUAGUACUCCUCAGUAUUGGCGAUGGAUCUCAGUUCCUGAAGCUAGGUUUGAAGAGGUAGCAGAGCUUCUCAAUGUGUGUUGGUUUGAGGUCCGAGGGGGCAUGAGUACUAAAUACCUAUCUCCUGGAACUCGUUACUCGGCUUACAUUGUGUUCAAGACAAAGGAUAGAUGUCCUAAUCUGGGGGAUGUGCCAGCAGAAGCUACGGUCGGAUUAGUGGGACAAGAAUCUUCUCAAAGAUUCAUAUACUUUGUUGGGCCUUCGGAUCGAAGAAGAAGAGACAGAGAAAGGAGAGAUGUAACGAAACCAAAUAUGAGAAAAGAUGGGUGGAUGGAAGCUGAGCUUGGUGAGUUCUUCAAUGAAUCAAGUUGUGAUGAGAUUGCAACAAGUGUUCUUGAGACUAAGUCUCCUUAUUGGAAGCGUGGUUUGAUCAUUCAAGGGAUAGAGUUCCGCCCUACGAAAAUCCGGUAAAAGUGAUACAAAUUAUUCCGGUUUAUGUUUGUUUGCUUGUAAGCUAGUGAAAAGCUUUAUUGUAUUUGGACUGUGUGGUUUGGUUUUUCGAUUCUGAUGUAUGUUUAUGAUUGUCACAUGAACAAAUUCAACAAAGGAAUUGUAUUCUAUUUUUCUUAUCAUCUACUAUGAUUUGGUACACUUUACUUAA